AUGGUUCUCUAUAACUUUAAAUCAAUUCAGGUUGUACCUGGAUCAAGAGAUUUUGUAGAUGUUGUACUUUCAAAGACACAAAGAAAGACACCUACCGAAGUACAUAAACAAUACCAUAUCUCUAGAAUCAGAUCUUUUUACAUGCGUAAAGUCAAGUUUACUCAACAAUCAUAUCACGACAAGUUAUCCCAAAUCAUUCAAGAUUUCCCAUUGUUAGAUGACAUUCAUCCAUUUUAUGCAGAUCUUGUAAAUGUACUUUAUGAUAAGGAUCAUUACAAGUUGGCACUUGGUCAAUUAAAUACAGCACGUAAUCUUAUUGAUAAUAUAGCAAAGGAUUACUUGCGUCUUUUGAAAUAUGGUGACUCGUUAUACCGUUGCAAGCAACUCAAGCGUGCCGCUUUGGGUCGUAUGUGUACAUUGAUGUUGAAGCAAAACAGUUCACUCGCAUAUCUCGAGCAAGUACGUCAACAUUUGGCUCGUCUUCCAUCGAUCGAUCCAAACACCCGUACCUUGUUGAUGUGCGGUUACCCCAACGUCGGCAAAUCAUCGUUUAUGAACAAGAUGACCCGUGCCAACGUCGACGUCCAACCAUACGCCUUCACCACCAAAUCAUUGUUUGUUGGUCACACUGAUUACAAAUACAACAUCUGGCAAGUCAUCGAUACCCCAGGUAUCCUCGAUCACCCACUCGAAGAACGUAACACCAUCGAAAUGCAAUCCAUCACUGCUCUUGCUCAUCUCCAUGCUGCCGUCCUCUUUUUAAUCGAUAUUUCUGAACGUUGUGGUUAUACUAUUAAACAACAAGUUGACUUAUUUUUCAGUAUCAAGGCAUUGUUUUUAAAUAAACCAUUGAUUGUAGUUAUUAACAAGAUUGAUGUACGUAGACCAGAAGAUGUGCCAGCCGACGACUGGGCAUUGAUCCAAUCGUUGACCGACCCCGCCAAGGGAGGUGUUGGAGGCACCCAGAUCCUGCCAAUGAGCACCUUGACCGAAGAGGGUGUCUCCAAGGUAAAGGACGUUGCCUGCACCACAUUGUUGGCCGACCGUAUCGAAAAGAAGAUGGCCUCGAGCAAGAUCAGCAAGGACUUGCACCGUCUCCGUACCGCCCAACCCAAGCCACGUGACGAAAAGGUCCGUUCCGUCUUUAUCCCCGAGUCGGUUGCCAACGCACGUCUCGCCGACCCAGACACUCUCAACAAGAACAAGGUCACAUUGACUCCAGGCCAAAUGGAGGUGCUCCAAGAAGAACAAGAUGAUCUCGAAUACCAAAAGGGUAUCAUCCCCAUCUUUGACAUCAACCUCUGGAAGCGUAAGUACUUGCUCAAGGACGACUCGUGGAAAUUCGACAUUAUUCCCGAAAUCAUGGACGGCCGUAACAUUUCCGAUUUCAUCGACCCCGACAUUCUCGAACGUCUCGACGAGCUCGAGCGUGAGGAGGAAGCCUUGAUCGAAGAGCUCCGUGCCAACGGCGGCGACGCCUCGGACGAGUCGGACCUCGACGACGAGAACCAAGAGUUGCUCGACGAGAUCCACGCCAGAAAGAGCGAGAUCAAGAUGGACCGUUUGCUCGGCAAGACCGGCAGACCCAAAUUGACCCGUCAACACAAGGGCCUCGACAAGGACCACAUGGAGCGCACCCUCACUCGUAUGGGUGUCGAAGAGGAAGAGUUGGGCGACAUCAUGGACGAUGUUGCCGACAAGUCUAGAGACCGUUCCAAGAGCCGUCGUCCAUCCGAACGUUCGCUCUCGCGUCACGGUCGUAAGCGUGACCGUUCCGAGUCGCGUGGUGUCUCUGUCGAAGGUCGUGGUCUCUCUCUCAACCGUUCGCAAUCCCGUGGUUCCUCGAAAACCCCAGCUCCAGUCGACGGAGAAGGUUAUCGUGAUCUUCCACAAAAGGAAGAGGCUGUUAUGCUUGGCAAGGAAGGUAUGCGUAAGAGAAACAAAUUGGGUUACAAAGGUGAAGGUGAUCAUCAUAUUCCAAAUCUUAUGCCCAAACAUUUGUUCGCUGGUAAAAGAGGUGCCGGUAAAACUGGUCGUAGAUAA